AUGGCUCCAGUAAUUGUCAUGCUCGUCUGCAAUCUCAUAGCUCUAUUGGUAUACUGCAUCUGGAAGAUUAGCUCUCUAGUACUGCAGGCUUGUCUCCGGCGCCUUCGUGCCCGCGGCAAAGCUCCACCUGCUGAUCCAGAGGCGCCACUUGCGACGAUGCUCAAGUCAGAAGCAGCCUCUACUACUCCCGUGCAGGUGCAGCAGACCACGUUCCACAUCGAGGACCUGCCGCGGAAGUUCUCGUACGACGAGAUCCGAGCCGUCACCGGAGACUUCGGAACCGUCGUGGGGCGCGGCGGCUCCGCCGAAGUCUUCCGAGGCCUCCUCGACGACGGCACGGCGGUCGCCGUCAAGCGGAUCACCAGCUACAAACCUGUCGGCGAGGAAGAGUUCCUGAGAGAGAUAUCCAUCGUCGCCAACGUGCACCAGCGCAGCCUGGUGCGCCUCCUGGGAUACUGCCUCGUGCAAGGGGUGCCGGGCACCACCGCCCACGGCCAGUACCUUGUGUACCCGUUCUUCGAGAACGGGUCACUGGAUUGGUGGCUGUUCAACGGCGAGGACAGGAGGCGCCUCCUGCCGUGGCCGACCCGGCGCCGCAUCGCCGUCGACGUUGCCAGGGCGCUCGCGUACCUCCACCACGAGUGCCACCGGCAGAUCCUGCACCUCGACAUCAAGCCGGCCAACAUCCUCCUCGACGGCAGCUUCCGCGCGCACGUGUCGGACUUCGGCAUCUCCAUAUCCAUCGCCCAGGACCUCACCAGCGUCGAGACCUGCGGGGAGGGCACGCCCGGGUACAUGGCGCCGGAGAUAUGGUUCAGCUCUCUGUCCACCAAGUCCGACGUGUACAGCUACGGCAUGACGCUCCUCGAGCUCGUCGGCGGGCGCAGGGGCUACGAGGCCAGCAUGGACUCGUCCGAGACUCCGGACAUCUUCGCGCGCGUCGUGCGGGAGAAGAUGGCGCGAGGCGAGCUCAUGGAGCUUGUGGACGCGACCAUGGCGCCCGUGGACGAGGGGGAGGUGGAGGCGCCGGUAAGGGUGGCGCUCUGCUGCGUCCAGCACCAGCGGGAACUGAGGCCCAGCAUGCUAACUGUUGUGGAAAUGCUCGAGGGGCGUAUUGCCGCCGAUCUGCCGCCGGAGAGCCGUCGGUCGCCUGGCGCGAAUUUUACGUAG